AUGCACCCGGUGAGGUCCGCCCUGGCACUCGCCGGCCUCCUCGUCAGCACCGCUUUGGCGGUUCCGGCCGAGGUAGCCAACCCCACUGAACACCAUCCCGUCUUUGAGUGCAAUCUGCCCGUGCAUACGGAAAGACUCCCCACAUAUGCUCUCGGCCACUCCCUCGUGUUCCCCCAAGACAAGCUGCAGGCCAUCAUCAAGGGGGCGGCCGGGGGCGGCGCCAGGAUCGACGAGCGCGAAGACGACUCGGGCAGGUACUGGUACAGCCGAGAAACCCUCGUCGGCCGCUUUGACAAGAAGACCAACGAGACGUUUGUACUACCGGACCUACCGUCCCUCAAGCCGGGCGACAUCAAGCUCAACGGGGAGCUCCUGAAGAUCCUGAUGGCGGAUCGCUCUAUCAUCGCCAAUGACAAGACGCUCGCCGGGAUCGUCAUCGGCUCCCGGCUCGACGGCUCGCGACAGGUUCUCCGCAAGGAGCCGUCGCCACCCGCCUCGUACCUGCUCGAGGGCGCCGUCCGGCGGGCGAUCCCGUACGAGUCCGCUUCGCACCCCGUCUGCGGCCCGGGCAGCCAGGCCGUCUUCAGCUUCGACGCAAGCGGCAACAUCCGGGGGCUGCGCCACGCCUGGAAGCCCGCAACAAGCCAGGGGACGUCUCUGCAGCCCCUGAGGCCCGACCAGAUCCGGGCGCGCAUCGCCGAGAAGCUUGCGGAGUCCGGGCUGGACGGCAACGCCACGGUCCGCCACGUCGACCUCUGCUUCUACGACUCGGGCGCCGCCCACAUCCAGCCCGUCUUCCGCUUCAACGCGACCGUCAGAAGUGCCGGCGGCCCUGCCACGGCGCUGCUCGUCGGCUACAUCCCCGCCAGCGACAAGGGCGCGCUGGAGCCGCUGCCCAACAUCACCAACCCGGACCGGGGCGCCCUUCCCGGCCCCAGCCUCCCCCAGUACGAUCCGGGCUUGAAUGCCACUAGGUCGCCCCGUAGCGCCACCACCCUGGCGCGCCUCCCGGGCCCGUCCCGCCGCGACGGUGCCAUCGCCCUGGGCCGCUACCUGAUGAACGGCGACGGGCUGUCGCCAACCUUCAUCGAGGAGGGCUGGGGCCUAUGGUCGGGGCUGCACUCGGCGUCCUCGCGCUUCGUGGACGCGCAGUACUACUGGGACGACGCGAGGGGAUACAAUGAAUGGGCGUGGUACUAUGUCAACAACGUGGACGUCGCCUUCAGCGACGGCCACGGGUGGCCGCAUCACUUCCUCACCAACGGCGGCCUCCCCGGCGGCGGCACCGUAACCAUCUCGUCGGAUCUAUACGCCAAGGGGUUCGGCGCCUCGGCCGAGGGCAGGGGGCUGUCAUACUGGAUCCUGGGCGAGUGCAGCGUCAUCCCCGCGCCCACCGACUUUCCGGCCGGCCAGGGCCACCUCGCCUUCGACCCCUGGUGGAAGGUGUUUGACGGCGGCAUGCGCGCCGCCGUCGGGUACCGCGACCUCGCGUUCACGAACCCGCCCAAGUGGAGCGAGGUCGGCAUGGCUCUGGGCUACGGCGCGUCGGUCGUGCAUGGCUUCAUGAGCACCAUGCUGCCCACGGGCAAGACGUCGGCCGUCACGCGGUGUGGGAGGGAUGGAGAGACCAUCUUUCAAGUUGGUGGGCUGGGGAAGCCCGACUGUCUCACUAUAUGGUGGUACAAUUGA